AUGGAGCAAAAACAACAAACUCCUUUAAAGAAAUGUUUCAAAUGUAAAUCAAUAAUAGAAAAUCGACAGUUCACAAUUUGUUCAGUUUGUAAUAAUAUCUACCAUAUUGACUGUGCAAACAUAACUUUCGCUCGUUUUAGAAUAUGGACAAAUGAGACUAAAAAAUCAUGGAGAUGUUUUAAAUGCAUAAAAAGUAAAAAAAAUACAGUCCUCUCUCCAUCCCUAGAAAAAGAUGCUGUCAAUAUCACAAUACGUAAAAAAAGGACUGAUGAAACCCUUGAAAGUAACGAUAUGAAUGCUUUUGACUCAGAAUCUCCAAACAGCUCAGCAAAAACUAGCCAGACACUACUACCUAAAGAAAAAUUAUUAGCAAAAUCACUAUCGAUGGAAUUUCCUGUUGAAUCAUUAAACAAUAGUUUCCAAUCCUUAGAAGAUUUAUCACACAGUUUAGAAUUAGUAAAUGAACUCGAUAUUGUGAGCAAACAAAAUUUGAAAAUAGAUGACUUACAAAUUAAAUUAAAGAGUUGCGAGUCUGAAUUAGACGGAACAAUUUUGGAAAAUAAUGAAUUACGACGACAAGUCACCAAAUUGACACAAGAGCUACUUAUUAUGAAAAAUAUAUGUAAAACCCCACAAAUUGUAAAAAAACAGCGCAAGAGUUUGUCCUCAAGUUUUCCUAAUAAUAUGACUCCAGAUAAGACAAAGACAGAGCAAAUUUUUGUUUUGGAAAAUACAAUCGUAAAAUUACAACAAAACCUGAAAUUAGCUCAAGAAGAAGUAAGCAAUCUAUGCACAAAAAUCGAAAGCUUAGAAAAGCAAUUGAAAGACAAAAUAACACCAAAAACUGAUUUAGAACUAAAUAAUUGCACAAAAAAUCAUGUACAUAAGGAUACUAAAUCAUUACAUAAACCAUUAAAACACAAAUUGUGUAUACUCACAAGUGACAAGAGAUAUAAAAUACUACAAAAUGUAAACAGAAAUCAUGUUCUAAGUCAGUAUGAGUUAUGUCACUUUAUUACUACAAAUGCUGGGAUAGAGAUAAUUUUAAAAAAUAUAUAUUAA